ACACUGACAUAUCUUAAGUGUGCAUAAGUUGUACGUUAACUGUACCUGGUAGCUUCCACAUAUACUUUUUGUUAUAUUAGAAAUAUGUGAUAUAGCUACACGAAUCAUUGGUGAUAUUGGGAUAUCAAACAAUGGAUCCAGGAACAGCCGACUCCAAAACAGCACUUGUGACACAUGAUGACACAUCUACGCGAAGGACGUAUCGGACCCGCUGGUACGUUUUGUGUUUAGUGUCUAUAAUGAGCUGUGUCCAAAACUGUAUAUGGGCAGGCUGGGGUCCCAUCGCCCAAUCAGCGAAGGUAGUCUACGGUUGGGACGACAGAAUUAUUGACAUGCUAGUGAACGCUGGGAACAUAGCUUGCAUCGUUUUCAUACUACCAGCGGCAUGGCUGUUGGAUGUUAAAGGUCUCCGUGUAUCUAUUGUGCUGGCGAGUGUCGUCAUCGCCGUAGGAUCAGGGCUUCGCUGUAUCACUUCGCAGCCUAUUCCUGCCACCUGGCUAAUAUUUCUUGGUCAAAUAUUGAAUGGUAUUGGCGGUACUAUGGCGUUCGCAGCGCCCCCUUUACUCUCCGGGACUUGGUUCCCGCCCCAGGAGCGGACGACUGCCACUGGUAUAGGUAUUCUGUUCUCCUCGGCCGGUGGUGCGCUGUCUUUCUUAUUAGGUCCACUCAUCGUCUCGGAACCAACGAGUAGCACUGGGAAUUACACGAUCGGCAAUUCUUCAUGGAACAACUCCUCUACCCCUGCUCUAGCCUGUAAUAUCAGUGAUAAAGAUAUUUCUUUGAUGCGAGGACAGAUAAAGGUUCUGAACUACCUUGAGUUUGGCCUCGCCGCCGGGAUUGCUGUGCUGGUAUUGGUCUACUUUCCAAACAAACCUCCCACUCCUCCAAGUGUGUCUGCUGGGGCCAAGAGAAUGGGGUUCAAGGACGGUCUAAAGCUUAUAUCGAAGAUGUUUGCAUUUUGGCAUCUGGCCUUGGCCUUCUCUAUCCCAUCCGGGGUCUAUGGUGUGUGGAGCAGCACGCUUGAUGUCAGCAUCCACCAGUUCGGCAUUUCUCAGACUGAAGCAGGCUGGCUUGGUUUCUGGGGAAAUACAGGAGGGACCUUACUCGGAAUUUUAAUUUCAAGGUUCGCCGAUAUAUUUGCAAAAAGGAUGAAACUCUUCUUGAUCUGUAUUUAUUCCCUAUCAACUAUCUUUUACGUCCUAUUCACCUUAAUGGUUAUCCAAUUAAUACCUGGAAAUUCAGCAUUGAUCUACUUUACGUGCAUUUCCGGAGGCGUUUUUGUCACUGGUGCCAUGCCGCUGUUUUAUGAGAUGGCCUGUGAGGGUGCUUAUCCUGCAGCAGAAGGCGUCAUUUCCGGUUGCAUCACCCUUUUUCUCAACCUCACGGGAUCUUUCGUUCUUUUGUUGUCCCUCAUACCAAAUAUAGGAACGGCCUGGAUGAAUUGGGCCAUGGUAUCCUCGGUUGCAGCUGCAGUCUUGUUAAUGGCGACAUUUGAUGAGCAGUAUAGAAGGAGUAAAGCUGAUGCAACGAUCAACAUAUCUCAACAAACAAAUAGCUCAAAGUAAACAGUCAUCUGAUGGUCACUUUAUCGCAAAUGACCAAUUGCUGCGUCUGAUAUUUCCCUCCAACCGGAAGUAGUUACAUACUAGGAUCUGUACUUAGAUAAUAUGUCCUCGAUGCUUGAAGUUGCAUUUGGGCUUCUUUUACAUUGCUUUUCGAAAUUGCAAAAGGUAAAGGCUUACCACAUUUAUCAAUUAGAAUAUGUAAGUGAUUUUGUUAAAGAUAUGAACAUUUCUAAAUACUUCCAUGUUGGAGUCUACGGGUAAAUCUUGGUUACCACAAAAGAAGUAAAUCAAGGUUAUUGUCAAUGUCAAUGUCUUGUUUGUUUAAAUUUGGAAUGGUGUGCGCCUCCGGUGAGUCAAGUGUUUUACAGUUUAAAAAAAUUGGUCAACAUUAUCAUAGGGAUGGCUACAAUUACACUCAUGACUUUCCACUAGAUUAACCCGAAAUAAAUCAUACUUU